AUGUUAGGUUGCGUUAACGCGGUAGGAGUUGGGGUUCCUUCCAUCCCGCCCUAGGCGGAGCGAAAGCGAGGGUUUGCGGGGUAGGUAGCGCUGGAGCGGGCGGCCUGUGGGGAUGGCGCUGCAGUUUGGGGGGCCGGGCCCGGUCGGGGGGACUGAGGAGCCGGCUUUAAUCGGGGGAAGCUUUGGCGCGUCUGAUUCGUUCCCUAAGGACUUCGGCUACGGAGAAGAGGAGGAGGCGGAACUGGAGGGGGGCUCCGGCCCUGGUGGAAGCAGUGGUGUCCCGGGUGUGGCUGGGGGCGGCCCGGGUGGUGCGGAUUCCAAGCCCCGUAUUCUACUCAUGGGACUGCGGCGCAGCGGGAAAUCGUCUAUCCAGAAGGUGGUGUUUCAUAAAAUGUCUCCCAAUGAGACCCUGUUUUUGGAGAGUACCAACAAGAUUUACAAAGAUGAUAUAUCCAACAGUUCCUUUGUGAAUUUCCAGAUAUGGGACUUUCCUGGACAAAUGGACUUUUUUGACCCAACAUUUGAUUAUGAGAUGAUUUUCAGAGGCACAGGGGCACUGAUAUAUGUUAUUGACGCCCAGGAUGACUACAUGGAAGCUUUAACAAGACUCCACAUUACAGUUUCUAAAGCCUACAAAGUCAAUCCAGAAAUGAACUUUGAGGUUUUUAUUCACAAAGUUGAUGGUCUGUCAGAUGACCAUAAAAUAGAAACUCAAAGGGAUAUUCAUCAGAGAGCCAAUGAUGAUCUUGCAGAUGCUGGGCUUGAAAAACUUCAUCUUAGCUUUUAUUUGACCAGUAUCUAUGACCACUCAAUAUUUGAAGCCUUCAGUAAGGUUGUACAAAAACUCAUUCCACAACUGCCAACCUUGGAAAACCUACUAAAUAUCUUUAUAUCAAAUUCAGGCAUUGAAAAAGCCUUUCUCUUUGAUGUAGUCAGCAAAAUCUACAUUGCGACAGACAGUUCCCCUGUGGAUAUGCAGUCAUAUGAGCUGUGCUGUGACAUGAUCGAUGUAGUGAUUGAUGUGUCUUGUAUAUAUGGUUUAAAGGAAGAUGGCAGUGGAAGUGCUUACGAUAAAGAGUCGAUGGCGAUUAUCAAACUCAAUAAUACAACUGUCCUAUAUUUAAAGGAAGUGACAAAGUUUCUAGCACUUGUCUGCAUACUUAGAGAAGAAAGCUUUGAGCGCAAAGGUUUGAUAGACUACAACUUCCAUUGUUUUCGCAAAGCUAUUCAUGAAGUCUUUGAAGUAGGUGUUGUCUCCCAUAGAACCUGCAAUCAAGCAACCACCCCAAACAUGAAAGCAGUGACUCACAAUGGCACACCUAGAAAUGUAGUCUAGGUGAAGAUUUAAAAACUGGUUGGACCAACUUUUACCAGCUCUUCACUCCAAAGUUUAAUUUUAUAGAACAGGAUAAGAAUACUGUCUUAGUCUGGUGUGUGUUCCACAAGAAAAGAGCAACACUAACUCUGGAAGAGCAGCCUGUUAACUGAUGUUGGACAACUGAAACUACUGUAAAACAUUUGAAGUUCAGUGGAGUUAGAAUUGUCAACUGAAAACCAGCUUUAGCCUGAUCGUGGUGGCUUUUCCUGUUCAAAGUCCUAUUUUAAGAGUCUGGAUAUAAUAUAAAUGGGAGAAAUGUCCCUUUUGGUGGAACUUACAAAUGAUCGUGUAAUGUGGAAUACUGCAGUGACUUGCUCAUCUUCAUUUUUAGUUGUUCUGUAAAAUAUCCAGUUUUGUUUAAGUUGAACCUUUUGCCUUUCAAAGAAGUUGGUGGUGUGGACACUAUGUAGAAACGUCCUUAAAUUCAUGCUUUUUGCUUUGUAAAGGUCUGUGGUCUAUAACUUCAGUAAAACCCAAACAUUCCAUAAAAUUCCUUUGAUUAUACUUGCAUUGCUCUUCAGAAUGUCCCAGAAAAUUCCUUAUCUUGAUAAACAGAGGGAAGGCCAAGGUUUGCCUGCUCUCAUAUGUUCUGGUCCAGUUAAGACUGAGCUCUAGCUUUGUUCUAGACCAGUUACCUUCCUAGGUUUCAGAUAGCAUUUUUCACCGUAUUUGUAAAGAAGAUAAAGGCAAGAACCACCACCUUUCACUGUGCUUUUAUCAGAAGAGGCUUAAACUAAAACAUUCUCAACCUUGAAUUGAUUACUCAGUCCCAGUGAUGAGAGGGAUUUAAAUAAAUAACUGUAAAUUUACAAACAUCUAGCAUAAUAUCUAACACUUAGGGUAACAUUUUUAUAAUUGUCAAAGCUACUUUCCUGGGGGUAAAAACCCAAAUCCUUCACCUUUUGAUGUCAGAAGUCUUUGGAUUUUCUACAGUUCAUCCCAUUUCUAAAUCAGAGGCUGGGGUGAUGAGCACAAUCUAUGUAGGAAUGGAAAAUUGAUUUCCAAUGGCAUUGACUUAAAUGACCACGAGAGUGCCAGUUUGACCAUUUCCUGUAUUGAUACCCCUCCAGAAUAGAUAGCUUAUGAUAUUGUUUUUUGCCUCAGACCUACUUAAAUACUGAGUGUCUCCUUGAUCUUUUCAAUAGUUUCCAUAGUAUGAAAACCAGCAUAUGUGAAUCGUUAAUCUAAUUUAUUGAUAACUUCAAACUUUCAUAGUGUAUAACUUUAUCUGUCAUGUAAUGAGUGGUAAGCCCUUUCCCUGUUCCCUUCAAUUCUUUCCCCUUAGUACCAAUGCUUGUAUGUUCAAAAGUCACUGGACCAGUUGAGUACACAAGUGCCCACUGUAAAAUGUGUAUAUAUGAAGUUCUAUAUACUUAAUUGUGACUUGAGUGAUUUCUGCAAAUUAAGCGUUUACCUGACUCCUCAUAUUCAGGGGAGAGAACCCCUUUUCCCUGAACUGUUUAAAAUGUGUAUGAGUAAAUGCAUUCACCCCAGCAAGUGUUCAUCUGGCAUACGUAUUGUACCUUGUCUCAUGACUUCAGGGAUGUUGCACCUAGCAUCCAUUUUUAUAAAGGGGUCUGUUUCAAAGCUCAUUCAAAUCAGGGAUGGAGGGAUUCAAUGGGUUAGAUCAGGUUCCUUAGUAAGUUUCUAAACAUGCACCCGAUACGAUUUUGGCUGUAUGUUGACAAUAGAAUUGUAGUUACCUGGGUGGGGGUGCAGUUGAUGCUGAAGAAUAAUAUGUAAGUGGUUUGACAGGAUCAAUAGAGCACUACAGCAUAAUCCUU